UAUCAAAUAUCUACUGCCAUUUCGGUCUUCAGCAGUUCAAACUUGGGUAGCUUGGCAGGUUCUACUUGAUCCACCGCAAGGCCGCAGGUAUGGUGACGGAAAACGUGCCGCCGCUCAUAGCCGCGCAGCUCAACUAUUUGCUUAGCCACUGUCCUUUCUCUGUCAAGGUUGAGCGAAUGUGGUCCGGCAACAAAAACCCUUCCUUAUGUGAUCGCUUCACUCUAGUCAUUCCGUACUGCCUCGAUAAUAUCAAAUGGGAUAUUAUAUAUAAUGCCAUGUAUCCAUUGGCCGCUCCUGAUAUAAUUUUUGGACCAGAGGAUGAAAGUUUUCAGCCGUUUUCUGGUACUGAAAAAUCAUCUAAAAACAGCUUGAGUGAUUGGAACAGCAGAGAUCCUUCUCGGUUGUUAUCUCUUGUUAUUGAGCUUAGGGAUGCAUAUACUGCAUACCAAAGAAGACGCAUUGGAGAAGUUGAUGAUGAUAGAUUGAAAUUCGAAAUCAGUACAUUGAUUUAUAGAGAGGGAAUUGAAAUGUAUAUGAGUGCAGGCACAGAAAAGCCCGAAGAGGUUAAAUUUGCAAUUCCCUUAUUGGACAUGGAUUUGAAUAAAUUGGCUGUUGCAUCUUCCUGGAAGCAUCCACAGAAGAUAUACUUGCAGGUUAUCUUUCCAGUCGGUAAAAAGAACUCUUCUCCUCCACCCCCUCGUCUAAAGCUAAUUUCUUCUGUGGAGUUGAAAGCUUUGUUUUCUAUUGAGGAUUUCAAGCUUCAGCAAUGGUUGCCUGAAAUGUGCACAGCUGAAUAUCUUGUCACUUUAGAGGAGAUGCUGGAAAAUCAGAUUAGAGAUGCUGUUGCGUCUGUUGAAACUCGAAGGAAGUUUAUCGUGGCUUUGGCGUCUCAUUUUGGAAGGCCAAUUGAAGCUGAUCAGGUCUUUUGCAGGAGGGCAACCUUCUUAGCUUCUUCUGGGGUUUUCACUUUUCUGGUCCACAUUUCCCUCUCUCUUCAGUUCCCGAAGCAGCAGCCAGCUUUAACUCUUCAGAGUUCUCAGCAUUUCAAUUCUCAUGGCGCUCCCAUGAAAUCGCCUACUAUGGACAAUUACCCAUGGAGCCCGAGAUGGGAGCCAUCACAAAUGGCUGAACGUAUCUUCGACUUCCUGGCCGAAGAGUGCUUGAACUUCAAGAAGCAAUGCAAUCAGUUGAAUCAACAAUGAUCAGGCGCUGCAAAUUCGAAUUAAAUUGCUAAAAUCGCCUUUUUGACUUUGGAGAAAGCCGGCAUGCUAUAUGCUAUGUACUUUUGUGCAUUUCGAAGUGAAAAAGACCCGAAAUUCUUUAGUAUGAAACAAUUUGCGCUGUAGGCUUAAUAUGCUAGAAAAACUCUGUGGUUUUUGAGAGAAAGAAAAGGAAAAAAAAAAAAAAGAAUUGCUAUUGUAAAGAUUUGGGAAACAAA